GGGUGCAGCCCUCAUGUCUGCUAGGGCCCCAGCAGAGGGUGCUCAUGUUGUGCAUAGGAAUACAUUGGACAUAGUAUUGACACGAAAAGUAAUUCCCUGUUAAAAAGUUGCAAAUAAGGUCAUAUGAUAGCAAGAGGAAUACUUCAUGCUACAAAGUUGUGCUUGUCAUUGAUUUCAUUCUUUGUGUGACAUCUGAAGCCGGAGAUGCUGGUGACCAUGCUGUUAGCUCCUCUGUGUGUGCUGCUGAUGCUGGGGGCUCGAGCUCUUGCUGGAGGCUACCCCCCCAUUCCCCACAUGAAGUACAUGCAGCCCAUGAUGAAAGGGCCCAUUGGACCUCCGUUCAGAGAGGGCAAGGGACAUUACGUAGAUAUGCCACCCAUGAUGGAGAUUAAGGGGGAACCCGGCCCCCAGGGGAAACCUGGAACAAGGGGUCCUCCAGGGCCAUCAGGACUUCCAGGAAAACCUGGAAUGGGCAAGCCGGGUCUGAAUGGCCAGCCAGGGCCCCAGGGCCCCUCUGGCUUUCCAGGAAUUGGUAAACCUGGACUGACAGGUCUCCCAGGAAAGAUUGGGCCAAAGGGUAUGCCUGGGCUUAAUGGGGAGGUUGGCCCUCGUGGAGAGCCAGGCCCCAGAGGUCCUUCAGGACAGCCUGGCCUCCCUGGCCCAGCUGGUCUCUCUCUGAAUGGGAAACCCGGGCUUCCAGGCAUCAGAGGCCCCACUGGGUCUCGGGGUGAACCUGGAAUUAAGGGUCUCUCAGGCCCACCAGGUGAGCGUGGGCUCAAGGGUGAGAAUGGAAAUGGGAAACCAGGGCCUACAGGUAUAAGGGGUCCACCAGGGCUGAAAGGCAGCCCAGGACCACCUGGUCUUGCGGGUAUAGGCAAACCAGGACUUAAAGGUUUGCCUGGGCUGCCUGGUCUUAAAGGUGAUCAUGGACUCCCAGGGGAUCGAGGAGAGCCAGGGGAGGCUGGGGCUCCAGGUCUACAAGGUUUGCCAGGACCGGUUGGGAUCGGGAAGGCUGGGGUAGACGGACUGCCUGGAGGACCAGGUCCACUAGGCCCAAAAGGUGAGGCAGGACUUAGGGGUGCUCCUGGAUUUCCAGGGACUCCUGGCUAUGGAAAACCUGGUCUUAGUGGGCAAAAAGGAGAUAAGGGCCAUAAUGGAUUGCCUGGUCUCCCAGGGGACAAAGGAGAACAAGGCAUGGUGGGACAAAUUGGGGAACCAGGCCUUGAUGGACUAACAGGACCACCAGGACUUCAAGGCCCAAUGGGACUACCAGGAAAACAUGGAAUGCCAGGACAGAAGGGGGAGUUUGGCCCCCAGGGUCCUCCAGGGUUGCCUGGUCUUAGAGGUGACCAAGGCCCAAGUGGACUCUAUGGAAAACCUGGCAUCCCUGGGGAUAAAGGCAUCCCUGGGCCUAACGGUCCUAUUGGAAAACCUGGACCCAAAGGUGAGGCAGGACAUAUUGGGCUACCUGGGAAUCCCGGGCUUACAGGUGUACCAGGUUCUAAAGGUGAGACAGGGUUUAUAGGGACUCCAGGCCCCAGGGGACAAUCAGGCAUCCCAGGUCUUCAAGGGCCAAUGGGUCCUAUGGGGCCACAGGGUGUCCCUGGCCCAAAGGGUGAAUCUGGACUUACAGGUCCUCCUGGAGUGGGUAAGUUGGGAGAGAAAGGAGCUAUAGGUCCCCAGGGUCCUCCAGGGAAACCAGGUCCUUCUGGGCUAAAUGGUAACACUGGUGUUCCUGGGCCUCCAGGACCCCCUGGUCCUCCAGGAAAUGGACAAACAGUUGUUGCAGGACCAACAGAUUCACAGCUGGAAGGGGAUGAAGUACCAGGGGACAGGAAAGGGCCUGCAUACAGUCAAGUUCUCUCUGCCUCUGUGGCCCCAGCCUUCACAGCCAUCCUCACUACACCUUUCCCCCCCUCUGCCAUGCCGAUCAAAUUUGACAGGACCCUGUACAACGGGCAAAACGCCUACAGCUCUGCCACUGGCAUGUUUACUGCUCCUCUAUCCGGUGUCUACUACUUUGCAUACCACAUGCACGUAAAGGGAACUAGCCUGUGGGUGGCGCUGUACAAGAACAAUGUACCAGCCACCUACACUUAUGAUGAGUACAAGAAAGGCUACAUGGACCAGGCGUCCGGUAGUGCUGUCCUAGAGCUGAAGGAGGGGGAUCAGGUCUGGGUCCAAAUGCCAUCGGAUCAGGCGAAUGGUCUCUACUCAACUGAGUACAUCCACUCCUCCUUCUCAGGAUUUCUGCUCUGUCCCACAUAACCCUGCCCCCCUUCAUUCAAACAUGUUCCUGUAUCGGCACCUCAGAGCAGCCCUUAACCUAAAAUACCUGCAGCCAUAAUAGAAACAUAAAACCCAUAGGAUUCGCAUCAUUAUUGUCAUCAUCUUUAUCUGUCUCACCCUCAACUAUGACAAAAGAAAAGACAAACUCUGUGAAUGGAAAUUUUUAAAAAGCAGGGGAAGAAAUUUCAUACUGUGUUCUUUGUUUCAAUGUCCUUCAAAUGUGUGUUUUGGGUUAUAUUUAUGUUGGUGUUUUUUAGCUUAUAUUAUGUUAAUUAUUAUAUUGUCAUAAUUUUAUUGUUAUUACUUGGUCCUUGUCAUCAUUGGUGUUGUUGUUUAUUGGAUUCAGACAAUUAAGUGCCUUACUUUGUAAUGUGCUAGUAACAAACCCUCCCAUGUGACUGCACAUCCUGCCCUCAUGCUCUGACAUCAUAAGGACAACAUCACCAGACCCUGGAGGGUGAUUGGUUCCUGUGGCUGCAGUCAUGUCCCGCCCCCCCCCCCCCCCCUGUUCUUAUUUAGACCAUGAUCGGCAAUGCUGACAGAGAGAGCAACAAUACAACAUAUUCACAUACACAAGCAACAGUCAAAACGAGGCAUUUGGUGCUGUAAUGUUAUAACUUUCACAGUUCUUGAUCUUUUUGGUACUCUGAACAGUUUCUGUGUUAAAAAUGUUAUGAUUAAACCUAAGUGCUUGAGUAUUUUGAAGACCAGAAAAGUGCUAUCUAAAUGCAGCCCAUUUCAAUUUACCAUUUCUUGGUUUAAGAUAUAUAUUUUGACAGUUGGCGUCUGUUGGGUGCUCAUUUCCCUGCUACUUUAGUCACUGAACAUUUAAAAUGACGGAUCUUUGUUUUUAUAUAAUUUAUUAACUUUCCAGAAAUCUUAGAAGUGAAUUUCCACAAUAGAUGUGACAUUCAAAUAUAAGUGUAAUUGAACUGAAACACCCCUUGAUCAGCAAUGGAUAUCAUGCGGAAACAAUGCCUCUAUGUAACUUUCAGGAUACCUUUAAUUGAGGCUGAUAUGUAUGCAUACAGUCAAUGUUUACAUGCCAUAGAAAAGAUACUGAGGAACUGCUUAAUGGACACUAAGGACACAAAUAAAGCUGAAUUGAUAGCUUGUUUUGCUUUUUUGAUCUAUAACAGGCAUUGCAUUCAUAAUGAGAAAUCUGUCCUUCCAUGAAAGCCUCAUUCUGAGCAGUCUAUUGUAUGACCUGUGAUGAAGCUGUAAACAAAUGGAUUAUAUAUUAAAACCGUCAUGUCUUACAGUAGAGACAGGUUGAUGUGAGGUGUUGCUCAGUAAAUUACAGCAAUUGAAAAUCAUUUGUGGAUCUAAUUUUUAAAGCCCCCUCCUUUCGGGUCCAAAAUAGCUGAAUAAUUGUUAAGCUCUAUCCAUGGCUACAAGGACAAAAUGUAUCAGAACUCAGUGAUGUUGACGGAAAUGAGAAUCAAUCUGCAUAAACUCCAUGAAUAAGUAAAGGGACUGGCAGAGGCCCACAGGUUGUGAAAUACAGGUUGUGUAACAUUUAACAAACUCCUGCCAGAUUUCUGGGAGAGGUGGUGGGCUAGAGGUGAGGGCUGUUUAUUUACUCAUUCUGCUAGAUGAGGCAUUAAAGAUACAUUCUCUGUGUGUAUUGUAUGUUUUAGUUGCUGUAGCCUUCUGUCAAUAUGUGUGUGUGAGUAGAUGUGUCACGUUGUCUUCCUGGCAUUGGGGUCAGGCAACAUAAUACCAAACUUGCUGUAGUUACAAAACCUUAGGAAAACCCUACAGUCCUGUCAUUGUUCCACCAGAAAUCUGACUUAAAAGCUCCUGUGAGGAGUUUUUUUUAGGUUAUGAAACAGAAUGAACUUGAUACUGACUUUUCUUUAUUACCUAUAACACCAAGCCAGACUAUCAGCUGUAAGACAGAUUAUUUAUUUGCUGUAAUUUUGUGUCUGAACAUACUGGGGGGUAGUUGUCACUUAACUUGAUAAACAGCUGAAACAGCCCUUUCCAUGGCAAAUAUUCAAGUCUAGUGAUACAUUUAACUAUUAAAAUACAGCAGGAUGAGAUUUUUGGUCAGAAAACCCUACUUACACAUUUACAGGACAAAUUGGCACAGAGAAAAGAGGUCCUGUUUUGUCCACCGGGGGGUGCCAAAAUCGACAAAAACCAAAAGUUCCUCACAGGACCUUUAUAAUGUUUCUGUGUUCAUUAGGUGCCAAAAGAACAUCACAUGUUCUUAAAGUGCCCUUUUAAAGUAAGGGAAAAUGUAUAAAAUAGUUUAUUGAUGAAUGUUAUGAAGAGAUUAUGGGAUACAUUCAAAAAUAAAUUAGUGUUUUAUUAAUGGUUGUAGUUUCAGAAUGCAAAAGCUGUUAAUGUUGGGCGAAAUUGGUUAAAACAUUGUGGCUUUGAUAAUCAAAUCUGUGCCUUUUGAUUUCAUAUUUCACACAGGUUCUCAGUUUAACUUGUGCUGCCCUAAUGGCACAAAUUCACUGAUCUUUGGGUUGCCUUACACCGUAAUGGAGGAUUGUCACUGUAUUGGAGGACUGUGCCAAAUAUUGAGCUCUCAAUCAGAAUGAAUGUAAACUAUUUGACUGAUCUACAGUAGUUCUAAAAACCAUCCAGAUUCUGUCACUGUAAAACAGUUGCUUUGGAAAAGCAAUGCUAGCAUGAGGCCUAAUCAGUAUUUCACGUCUAUGUUAUGCAAACAAUGCACUCACCCUUGACCCUUCUUUCUCAUAAUAAGAACAAAACUACAACUGCUUUGUAUCAUUAUUGUUUUGUGAGUCUACAAGACAGUCCAAGGCUCGUUAUGUACUGUAUGUUGUCUUUUGUUGCCAUAUACUUUUGGACAUAUGAAGCGGUCAUGUGAGUUAUUUGUGGCUGUUACUCUCUGCUCCUUAUGUUUUCAUAGACAAUGUCACUUGCUUGCAGAGUUUGCCCUGUGUGCAAAUAACUGAACAAGUGUCAGUAAGAUCCAUGUACCGUCUGAAACAAAUAAUGAUUUUAAGUGUUUUCUUUUUUUCUUUAUAAAAACAAACAAACAAAAAAGAUUUAUAAAAAGCGUUGCUUCGGUUAUUAAGGGAUAUUUGUUUGUUUUAGUGUCAGUAAAUACAAACGGCCAUUCCCAUUUGCACAUGAAAUUAAUGAAGAUGUAUUUAUACAUUUAUGAUAAUUUAAUAGGGAUGCCAAAACCGACCACCGAAGCCUUGAACGUAUAAAUGGUAUUUAACAGCAUUGAUGAGUUAAGAGCAUUUACAACAUGUAGUUAGCAUUCUAGCAUUGUUUGUGAAGGAUUAUUUGUGGACUUUUAUUUUCUAUUUGUGUAAAGUUCAUUGUAUCAACGUAUAGGAUUUUUGUCAUACAAGGCUAUUGCGUGCACUCUAUGCAAUAGAAUUUGGGUAUAAAAUGCACUCUUUUUGAUCGAAAAUGUUUGUCUGCUUAUACAAAAUCUCCAGUACUUGAUUGUAUUGAUACCACAUCAAUAAAAACUUUCUUGUA